GGUCGGAGGCAAGGAGCUAGGUCAAGACCACAGGCACGCAUCAUGUGGUGGUGUGGGUGAGAGAGAGAGAAGGGGGAGUGACGCAUAUCGCAUUUUGUGUGGAUCGCAAUCCAGGCGGCGAUGGCGGGAGGCAGGGCAAGGUGCGCCGCCGCCGGAUUGGGCCGGCUGCUCUACAGGAGUAGCAGCAUCCGGAAUGGCGGGUAUGGCGGAAUUGGGCGCUUGGGCGGCGUGAGGGGGUUUGCAUCCGGGGAGGACAACGAUGUGGUUGUCAUUGGCGGCGGGCCUGGCGGCUACGUUGCGGCAAUCAAGGCGGCGCAGCUGGGAUUCAAGACGACGUGCAUCGAGAAGAGAGGCUCCCUGGGCGGCACUUGCCUCAACGUUGGAUGCAUUCCUUCCAAAGCAUUGCUCCACUCGUCGCAUAUGUUCCACGAGGCCAAGCACACCUUCUCCAAGCACGGCGUCAAGGUGUCCGGCGUGGACAUCGACGUUGCCGCGAUGAUGGCGCAGAAGGAGCAGGCUGUGUCGGGGCUUACCAAGGGAAUCGAGGGCCUGUUCAAGAAGAACAAGGUGACGUACGUCAAGGGCAGCGGCAAGAUCGUCUCCCCCAACGAGGUCGCGGUGGAGCUAAUCGAUUCCGGCGGCUCGCAGAGCGUCAAGGGGAAGCACAUCAUCAUCGCCACCGGAUCCGACGUCAAGGGCCUCCCCGGCAUCACCAUCGACGAGAAGAAGGUGGUGUCGUCCACGGGGGCGCUGGCGCUAGCGGAGGUGCCCGAUAAGAUGGUGGUGAUCGGCGCGGGCUACAUUGGCCUGGAGAUGGGAUCCGUGUGGGGGCGGCUGGGCUCCGAGGUGACGGUGGUGGAGUUCGGGGACGUGAUCGUCCCGUCCAUGGAUGCCGAGGUCCGCAAGACGUUCCAGCGCUCGCUGGAGAAGCAGAAGAUGAAGUUCGUGAUGAAGACCAAGGUUGUCAAGGUGGAGGAGUCGGGCUCCGGGCUCAAGCUCUCCCUGGAAGCGGCGUCCGGCGGCUCGCCGUCGAGCUUGGAGGCGGACGUGGUGCUCGUCGCCGCGGGGCGGUCGCCAUACACCAAGGGCCUGGGACUGGACGAGGUGGGGAUCAAGCUCGACAAGAUGGGCCGGGUGGAGGUGGACGACCACUUCCGGACGAGCGUCCCCAGCGUCUAUGCCAUCGGGGACGUGAUCCGGGGGCCGAUGCUGGCGCACAAGGCCGAGGAGGACGGGGUGGCGUGCGUGGAGCUCAUCGCCGGCAAGGCCGGGCACGUCAACUACGACACGGUGCCGGGCAUCGUGUACACGCACCCCGAGGUCGCAUCGGUGGGCAAGACGGAGGAGCAAGUCAAGGCGCUGGGGAUCGCGUACAGCGUUGGCAAGUUCCCGAUGAUGGCCAACAGCCGGGCCAGGACGAUCGACGACGCCGAGGGGAUCGUCAAGAUCAUCGCGGAGAAGGAGAGUGACAAGAUCUUGGGCAUCCACAUCAUGGCGUCCAAUGCCGGCGAGAUGAUCCACGAGGCGUGCCUUGCGCUCGAGUAUGGUGCGUCGAGCGAGGACAUCGCCAGGACGUGUCACGGGCACCCGACGCUGAGCGAGGCCGUCAAGGAGGCCGCUAUGGCCACCUAUGACAAGUCCAUCCACUUCUAAGCUUCUCACUCCUCCAUCGAUACUUUUUUAAAUACGAGGAACGUUGUCCAUGACCAAUAAAAGAACUCCAUUUUGCCA